GUAAUAUUCAGACGACUCCAGCAAAUUGACUGCGUAAAACUCCAAGAAGAGGGGGUUUGUACAAUUUGGUACUGUAUUUGGGACACAGAUUAUCGGAACAUAUUUUACGUUAUUGAAUUUAGAUGCUUCAUGUAUCUACCUAUUUAAAUACUCUCCCAGGCUAUUUGGAAACAACGAAGCCGCUUGUUCUUUAACCAUCGACAUGUUCAAGCGCGGAUCUAAAAAACGACGGUCGAAUCGCUCGCAGGAGGAGGAAGACCCAGACCGGGGACAACCAUGUAUAAGAUGUGGAGACCAGUGUCCUGGCUUUCGUAUGCAUGGCUGGAGAAAGAUCUGUGUGCACUGUAAGUGUGUGCGUGAGGAGCAUGCAGUGCGGGCAGUGCCGGGCCAGCUAGAGAGGAUGAUGAUGAAGCUGGUUUCAGACUUCCAAAGACACUCCAUCUCUGAUGACGACUCGGGCUGUGCGUCCGAGGAGUACGCCUGGGUCCCACCUGGACUCAAGCCUGAACAGGUGUAUCAGUAUUUCAGCUGUAUCCCGGAGGACAGAGUGCCCUAUGCUAACAGCUCAGGAGAGAGGUACCGCAUCAAACAGCUCCUUCACCAGCUACCAGCCCACGACAGUGAGCAUCAGUACUGUAACCAACUGGAUGAGGAGGAGAAGAAGGAGCUUUGUCUGUUCAGUCAGCAGAGGAAGAGGGAGAACCUGGGCAGAGGCAUGGUCAGACUGUUCCCUGUCACCAUGACCGGAGCCAUCUGCCAACAGUGUGGCAGACAGAUCUAUGGUGGGGACAUAGCAGUGUUUGCCAGCCGAGCGGGGCACGGUAGCUGUUGGCACCCUCAGUGUUUCCAGUGUGCCUCGUGCACUGAGCUGCUGGUAGACCUCAUCUACUUCUACCAGGAUGGACAGAUCUACUGCGGCCGGCACCACGCUGAGAGAAUGAAACCACGCUGCCAAGCCUGUGAUGAGAUCAUUCUAGCAGAUGAGUGUACGGAGGCAGAGGGCCGACACUGGCACAUGAAGCACUUCUGUUGUUUUGAGUGUGAGGCAGCGUUGGGAGGGCAGCGGUACAUCAUGAGAGAGAGCCGGCCGUACUGCUGCUCCUGCUAUGAGUCCUUCUAUGCAGAGUACUGUGACACCUGUGGGGAACACAUAGGUAUAGACCAGGGUCAGAUGACCUAUGAGGGCCAGCACUGGCAUGCAGCCGAGUCGUGUUUCUGCUGUGCCCGCUGUCGGCUCCCCCUGCUGGGGCGGCCGUUCCUCCCGCGUGGGGGCCUUAUCUUCUGCUCCAGGCCCUGCUCCCUGGGAGAGGACCCAGAUAACUCAGACUCGUGUGACUCAGCCCUCCAGAGCCGGCCUCCGCAGCACAGGCACUGUGAGACUGCAGAGAAGAUCCAACAGUCGCAGCGCUGCUCCCCACAGCAACCACCAGAGGGAGCCAACAUCCCUGUUGUCCCAGGAAAAAACUGUGUUCAUGCUGCACAGGAAAAUGAAGGUGUUCACAUCUCUACUGAUGUUCCAAAUGGAGUCUCCCCACCACCCAAUGGUCAUCGUAACCUCAGAAGGUCCUACUCUCCUCUUCCCCACUGUCGCUUAGCCAAAGGCUGGGCACCAUCUUGGCCUAUCGACCAAUCUCUCAACAGUUUGCACACUGGAGACUGUGGCAAGCAUCCAGGCAGUAGUCUGGAGUUUUUAGGAGAGCCCAACGGCUACGCUGGACACCCCCUCACCAGUUUCAGUAGAGGAACUUCUACUGCAAAGGACUGUGGGAACUGGGUGGAGAAGAGUAGUCAAGUUACAAAAGUGUGUCCUCCCCCUAGGAAUUCCUCCUUACCUGCAUCACUAAACCACCCCAGUCCUGCUGACCCACCGCCCCUCCCAGCCCCUCUACCCACCAAGUCUUGUGAUUUGAUGGCCAAGCCAAAUCUGUACCAACCAGAACCAAGCCCCCCUGACGUUAGUCCCCAAUCAUUUCGCAGUGGGACAGCCAGAGUCAGCUUCCGAGAGCCAAUCAGCUGCAGCUACUCUGUGAAUGAGGAGGAGGAGGAAGAAGAUGAGGAGAGAGGAGAAAAGGAAGAAGAACAGGUAGAAUGGGAGGAAGAGGAUGGAGGUUUUGGGCGCAGAUUACAUAUGGAGAAGGGCAUUCCACCUCAAAUGGACCUACUGGGUAAGACCACUUUUCUCUUUUUUUCUCUCUCUUUUCAUCACAACUGCCAACUGUCUUUUUUUUGUGUCCCCUCAGAUGGUUCAUACCAACAUCGUAGUUUACGGCGGGGGUGGAAUAGAGGCCGUGUGGCCUCUGACUCCGUUCUCCACCUAGGCACAGAGACACGCUUCCGUCACUCUCUGCCUGAUCGGCCCCGUCUGGACGCUCUAGAAUGGAGAGGACAGCGGGAGAGUGCUUCCCUCUCUUCCCCUGGCACCACAGAGCCCCUGUCACUCACCCUCCAGCCAGCACAGUACAACAAACAUGAGGACUCCUGCUCAACCUGCUCCUCCUCCUCAGAAUCAGAGGAAGAGGGUUACUUCUUGGGGCAGCCCAUCCCCUUGCCCCCCCAGCUAACCCGAAGGCCCCCGUCCGUGGACGGAGAGAGGGAGGGAGAGGGGGAUGGAGAGAGGAAAGGAGUGAAGGAUAGGGGUUUGAGGAACAGCCUGAGAAGGAAGAAGAGGAGGGCAAAUAGCCUUGGCGCAAAGGACAAAGACACGAACUGUGCAAUCUCCUAACUUUGACCCUCACAGACCCAGUGAAAGUUAUUCUUAUUCAACAAGCAGGCCAAUGUUCAAUAUCACAAAAAUGAAUCUGUAAUAUGUUGCAAUUCCUUUGGGAUACUUUGAACACAAUACUCCUAUGCAGCAGACUUAUUCAAAGAUGGAGUAAACUACUGUACUAUGACUAUCACAUAUUAGUGUUCAGAAUAUGAUUUAAAAUAUGUUUUAUGCGUUUUAUAUUUGUAUUUUGUUUCAGGCACGUUUUUGCACAGUAAAAUGAAACUUGCAUCCA